AUGGCGGCGCUGUGGCGGCUGCGGGCGGCCGCGGGGCUGUGGCGGCUGCCGGGCCGGGCCGGGCCGGGCUGGGCCGAGCGGGGCUGGGCCGUGCCGGGCUGGGCCGUGCCGUGCCGUGCCGGGCCGGGCCGGGCCGGGCCGGGCUGGGCGCUGCCGCCCGCUCCCCGCAGCCGCCCGCUGGCGCAGCGGUCGGGCCGCGGGCCGCGGCACGGGCGGGUCGUGUCCUGGAGGUCGCUGGCGGCCACCGUGGUGCUGGGCGGGGGGCUGCUGGCCGCAAUGAAGGUGAUGAAGCGGCGCAAGGAGGAGAAACUGGAGAAGGAGCGAAACCGAGGCAUUGGGAAGCCCCUGUUGGGAGGGCCCUUCUCCCUUGUCAGUCAUGAGGGACAGCCCAGGACCAACAAGGACUACAUUGGCCAGUGGGUGCUGAUCUACUUUGGCUUCACUCACUGCCCUGACAUCUGCCCUGAUGAACUGGAGAAAAUGAUUGCAGUGGUGGAUGAAAUCGAUCGAAUUCCGUCUUUGCCUAAUCUGACCCCACUCUUCAUCACCAUCGAUCCUGAGAGGGACAGCCAAGAAGCCAUUGCCAGAUAUGUUAAAGAAUUUUCUCCGAAGCUGGUGGGAUUGACUGGUAGCAAGGCACAGAUUGACCAAGUGGCUAAAGCAUACCGUGUGUACUACAGCGAAGGGCCCAAGGAUGAGGACAACGAUUACAUAGUGGAUCACACAAUAAUUAUGUACCUCCUCGGCCCCGAUGGUGACUUUGUGGACUACUAUGGCCAGAAUAAGAAGAGUGCUGAGAUUUCGGCUUCUGUUGCUGCACACAUGAGAAAAUACACACCCUAAAGCAGGAGGUCCUCAGAGAUUGCUGUGAAUGUCACCUGUGGGAUUAGCUGUGAUUGGACAUUGGAGUUAAAGCAGAAGCACACGAGUGUAACAUCCUGUCAAGCUGGUCUCCUUCCAAAUAAGAAAGGUUAUCCAUGUUUCUGCAAAUUCCCAUUACCAAAAAUCUCUAUAGAGCUUUCCCCAUGGAUAUAAUUUUCAACAAGAUCUCGGGUACAGAAUAAAAUUUGGGACUUCUCUGAAACAUUGCUGGGAGCAAAGGAUGGAAAGCACUUCUCUCUUGGGAAGAACGUGUGUGUUGCUGGGAAAAUAUUGCUGGUAGAAAAAUUGCUGGUCUGGCAAGGACAGCAGUCACUGCAGGAGGAUUAUUUGAUGCAAAGCCAUUACUUGAUGGGGCCAUGGCAUUCUCAGAGGAGCUCUGCCCUCUGGUUUCUCUGCACUGUUUUGCCUUCUAAGAAAGGCAGUUGCACUCCUAGAACAGAGGAGCCUUAAGAGUGCUUCUUUAUCCAGGUUAAGAAGGUGAAGAGCACUGAAAGGACUGGCAGUUUCCACACAUGGGACCAGCCUGUAGCGAACCUGAUCAUUUCAUCUGAAUGCAGAAAUGAAAUGUCUUUUCCUGGUGGUUCUUCCACGUGAACACUGUUCACUUAUAAAGAAAAGAGAAUUGAGUUGCAAAUAGGUUUUUCUUCUGGUGCAGAUGAUGGUGUGUGUAGUUGCUCUGCUUGUGCUAGGAGAAGGGUGGAGGGGGGCUGUGUCCAUGCACAGGGCUGGUAAUCAGAUACAUUUUAUGCAGUGCAGCAUUUGAAAAUAAAGAUUGAUUUGUAUAGGCAA